UUUGGAGAUUGAAUUGCCGGUAUAGUUCAGGGACUGACAAUUUAUUCAUCAAUUAACAAAUCUAAAUAUCGAAGUUUUCUGGAAGAUUAUUUUAAAACUCCGUGUAAACUUAUAAUACAUUUGUUUUUGGCAUUGGAGAACUACAUCGUUGCAAAAAUGUUACAUCUGCGUUGUGAUUAGUAACUUUUUCUUUUACACUGCUUUGUCGAAACGAGUUUUCUCUAACCGAUAGCCCAAGUCCCCCAAUUACUGGAACUUUUAUCGGUUUUUUUUUUAUUAUUAUUUUUGUUUUCUUUUUUUUAAACCGCGAUGCCCAGGGAGCUUACACAAAAUCGAAUAAAAAAAAUCUGGAUUCCUUCAAAGGAUGAUAAACCCGCCAUACCUCGCAGUUCUGGUGGUCCCCACCUGACAAACUCGCCCACUGUGAUAGUCAUGGUCGGACUGCCUGCUCGUGGGAAGACCUACAUUGCAAAGAAAUUGACACGCUACCUCAACUGGACUGGAGUCCCUACUAAAGUGUUCAAUGUCGGGGAAUAUCGUAGAGAAGCAGUCAACUAUAAUUCGUAUGACUUCUUCAGACCAGAUAAUCAAGAUGCAAUGAAAAUAAGAAAGCAAUGUGCCUUAGCUGCUUUGAGAGAUGUCAAAUCCUACCUAUCUGAGGAAGGUGGCCAGCUUGCAGUCUUUGAUGCUACCAACACAACAAGGGAGAGGAGAGACAUGAUCCUUAACUUUGGCAAAGAGAAUGGAUUCAAGGUGUUUUUUGUUGAGUCUGUCUGUGAAGAUCCAAGUGUUGUUGAGACAAAUAUUAUGGAAGUCAAGGUGUCUUGUCCAGAUUACAAAGACUGCAAUAGAACAGACGCCAUGGACGAUUUCCUCAAGAGAAUAGAAUGUUACAGGGCUUCAUACCAACCUCUGGAGCCAGAUCACUAUGACAAGGACCUUUCUUUCAUUAAAGUGAUCGAUGUUGGUCGCCGGUUUUUGGUGAACCGUAUCCAGGAUUAUAUCCAGAGUAAAAUUGUUUACUACUUGAUGAACAUGCAUGUCCAGCCUCGCACCAUCUAUCUGUGUCGUCAUGGGGAAAGCGAGCACAACCUCCGGGGCAAGCUUGGGGGAGACUCUGGGCUCUCUCCCAGGGGGAAGAAGUUUGCGAGGGCUCUGUCUGGAUACCUUGAGGAGCAGAACCAGAAGAAUCUCAAGGUGUGGACAAGCCAGCUAAAGAGGACCAUCCAAACUGCCGAGGCACUGGACAUGCCUUAUGAACAAUGGAAAGCACUUAACGAGAUUGAUGCUGGAGUGUGCGAGGAAUUGAAUUAUGAAGAAGUCAAGGAGAUGUACCCUGAGGAAUUCGCUUUACGUGAUCAGGACAAAUACCAUUACCGCUAUCCAACUGGGGAGUCCUAUCAGGACCUGGUCCAGCGCCUGGAGCCGGUCAUCAUGGAGUUGGAGAGACAGGAGAAUGUUGUCGUUGUGUGUCACCAGGCUGUCAUGAGGUGUCUCCUGGCUUACUUCCUGGACAAGAGCGCAGAUGAGAUGCCCUACCUAAAGUGUCCUCUACAUACAGUACUGAAACUGACUCCUGUUGCAUAUGGCUGCAAAGUUGAAUCCAUAUAUUUGAAUGUCGAGGCAGUAAACACCCACAGGGACAGACCAGAGGAUAUAAAGAAGGGACCUAGCACUUUAAUGAGGCGCAAUAGUGUUACCCCGCUGGCAAGCCCUGAGCCUACCAAAAAGCUAAGAAUGAACAGCCUAGAUGAUCAUAUGGCAUCAACUUCAUCUGCUCUGCCUGUGUGCAUCGCCUCUGACAUCCCCACUUCUCUACCAGGACAACCUUGGCUUGGCACAGCUUGUCUGCGAACAGUUUUCCUUUAUCUCAAAGUUUUCUCCUUACUAAUAUUUCAAAGAACAUGAAAAGACCUUCAGACCUACCUGAGGCAACGCAUGAUUGCCACUGAACGCCCUGCUUGUAAUUCCACCUUCGUUUCGGACAUUGCUUAGUGCUGAACCCUACGAGUGCACAGGACUUCUCUUUGUUGCGUCUUUUGGUCAUCUGGACUGGGCUGGGUGUAUUAUAUCCAAAUGCAUUGACCAUUUUCACAUCUGAGUAAAUGAAAUGUCAUGCCAUUGUAAUAAUUUGUAAGUGCUUACAGUACACAAAUUCCUUUUUUUUUUUUCUUUUUGUAAAACAAAAAAUCUCAUUGUAGAGAUCUUGCUGGAUAUUUGUAAAUAGUGUAUGUAAUGUAAGUGAAUGAUACAGGGUAAACCAAGCUAAAAUAUUUGUGGUAAGCUGUUCAUAAAAUGAUGUAGUCGUGGUGCAAAGACUGCUAUUUCUCAAGAUCCUAAGUGUCCAGUAUAUACAACUUAACAAAUAGAAGAAUGCUAACUUUACUCUAGGCAAAUGAGUCCUUUUAAAGUGUAAGCACAAAUUAGUAUUCUGAAUGCCUGUUAGAAGCUGGCUAUUUAGCAAUUAUUUUAAAAGGGUCACCAUUGUGAAUAUGCCUGGUGACUCACAUUUACAGCAAACCUAGACUACCCAAUCUAUUCUAUUGCACUUUAAAAAUUAAUGCAGAUAUUUUUAAAAUUACACCUUAUAGCGGAAGUCUUCAUGAAUACAUACAAGAGUAUUUUUCCAGUACUGAUUUCUUUUACCAUUCUAAGUAGUUCUGUACUUGAUGUGUCUGACUCCUGCUGUUCUGUUUUAUCGAUACUUUUUUAAUAAGUGUGUUUUUAAUUUUACAAUUAAGAGAAAUUUUAGUCAAAACUACUACAGUACAUUUUUAAAUACUCUGCACUCCACCAAAGUUUCUUGCCAGUUCUGUAACAUUACCAACAGUAAAUCGCUAUUCUGAAUGGGAUGCCAGAUUCCUUUUUGUGUGAGAUAAGAUUGUUCCAGCAAAUCUCGGUGCAAAUCUUUUUUACAUAGACAGUACAUUCACUGUGUCAAAAAACAGCUGUCACCUUUUGCAGCAUAGAAUGUAGAGUUGUCUGGAUCCCAAAGGUGACGUGUCAGUUUGGGAAUUGACUUGACUGACCCAGUAUCAUUUGAGGUUCUUGACAGGCUUUCGAUAGUUUUACACUCCAAUGACAUGUCAAUAUUCAGUUGUUACCAAAAACUUUUUUUUUUUUUUGGUGGUACCAACCUGUCACUAAAAAAUGACCUGCUUAUUGUAAAGGGUGGCUCUAAUGGGUAAGUGCAAUUUUGAAUUAGUUGUGUUCAUUUUUAUCUUUACUGUUUUUAGUUCUUUGUUUUCUUCUCCCUGUUAAUUGUAUUGUUGUUAAUUAGGAGUUCCUUAAUUUGUUAUUUGUUAGGGAAGAAUUAUUCAAUGCAAGCCACCAAACUUUGUCAAUAGGGCCUAUGUGGUUUAAAGGGGGUGAAAAAUAAAUGUUUUUAAUUGAAAAGCAAUAUUUUUAUUGUUGUAUUGUGACUGCACUCUGUGUAUGAUUUAGUCUGUUUUGAACAUGCACAAAUCUGGAUAAACAACCAGGAUCUUUUUCUAACUUUGAUUACAGUAUUGAAUAUUACCUUGUCUUGUAGAGAUGCUGUAUGCCAUCAAGUGGUUAUUUUUCAGAGAGGUUAACCAUAGUGCCUAGUGCCUCUGUCUUGCACAGUAAACAUUGCUUUGUAAAUGAAGUAGCACCAAUCAAGGGCUUCUAGCAGAACUUCGGCCCGUAUCUAAUUGUUUAACAGUUGCAGUUGGCAGCCUACUGUUGUAAUGUAAUUGUCUCUUCUCUUAAUAUUGUAUUUCCUUUAUCUUUUGAUUGAAGAACUGAGCAGAUCUGUAUAUUAAUGUGUUUAAGUUGGCCUAAACACUUAAGUAUAUACGGUUAAAGUUGCAAAUACAUUUACCUUUUAAGGAGGUUGUCCCUUUUUUUAAAAAGAGAAAUGCUGCAUGUCAAGUUUGAUUUAAAUGACAGCAUAUUUUAUUUGACUAUUUUAAAAAUAGCUUUUUUUUUUUUUUUAAAUGACUAGUUUAAAAAGUGUUUCUGUUUUGGGACCAGUCAUUGUAAUUCUUAUUUAUUUAUUUUUGCAUUUUUUAAAAACAUUUUUAGUUUGAAUUGCAGAAGAGUAGAUGUAUCUAUGUUAUAGCUGUACAGAACAUGUUGUAAAGUUAUAGCUUGCAGUAAAAGGAUAUAUUCACAUGGGACACUUCUGGUCAUCUCUAUUUAAAGUAAACUGGAUUACUGUGUUCUGUAUCUAAUAGCCGUUUAGAAACCUCAGCCUGUCAAAGCAAGUAUUUUAACUUCAUACAAUUUGGGCAUUUAUGUGCUCCUUUGUACUUGAACUUUUCCUUUUUUCUUAUUUAUUUUGUAUCCUGUACAGCUUGGAAUACUUGUUUUCUGAUUUGCUGGCAUGUUACUUGCUGUAUGUUCUCUACAUAAUUGUUUGAGUUAUAGCUGAAAUAAAACAAGAAAAACA